GCGCGAAUUGACUCGGGUCAAGCAUGACAUGUCGACAGCCAACUGACAUUGAAGGUAGGUAAAAUUUUGAUACCCCUAGGUUUCCGACAUCUUCACGUACGGCUGGAGUCGAUGGCGAAGAAGAUGGCGGAAAUUUUUGACGCCCGAGCUUAUCAGCCGCUGAAAAUUUUGGACAACACGUAGUGUCCACACAUUCGGCACACCCUUAAGAGAGGAGCUUGAGGAACUCUUGACUUCACCACCAUGGCUCUCUCACCCUUAAUUAUCCUGUUCUUGUUACAUAUUCCGUUUCUUUGCGCCUCACUGCCAAACCUCAAUGACACCAGCAUCUCUGCACUCGAUGUUAGCGAGUCCCCAUCCACCGGUAAUACCAGAUCCUUGUGGGACAUCAUCUGGAGUUGCACUGCAACUCUGUUUGCUUGCACAUGGACUGCAAUACACCCAAACAUCCCGGGUAUGGAGGAGGGGAUAGUCACCGUUUGGUCUCGUCGCCUAGGCAUCAUGAUCGUGGCGCUCAUCGCCCCCGAACUCAUAAUCACCUGGGCCACAUUGCAGUUUCUAAGUGCUCGUGGCAUUGCAAAGGACUUCAAUGAUGCCUUUUGUGCACGACUUCGCCAGACCCGCGGUAGUGGCCAUUCAGAUAUAAGACAGAGCAUGGCCACCGCAUUGCUUGGAAUACCAACAUCAGAUGAAAGGAACAGACAGCGUCCGAGCGCUCCGCAUGCUGCAGAUCGCAAUUUUAGAGAGUGGACAGUGACGCAUGGAUUUUUCGCAUGGAUGGGCGGAUUCAUGCUCUAUGUCAAUGACGAGCCGCAAGCCACUCUUCGACCUGACGAAAUUUUGUCCUUUGUCCGUAAUAGAUCAGUGGACGUACCCGCCAUCGUGGAGGCAGAUAUAGAAGAUCGAAGCAAGGGCGAUGCACUAUCCAAAGGCAUCGCGGUUCUUCAGCUGGCGUGGUUCGUUCUCCAGCUUGUUGCCCGUCUUGCCCAGAAUCUUCCGAUGACACUACUUGAAAUCGACACCCUGGCUGUAGCUGCCUUGUUCAGCAUUGCCUAUGGCUUUUGGUGGAAGAAGCCUAAGGAUGUAGGGCGUCCUUAUGCUGUUCAUUGGAAAGCAACAUCUCCGCCAGGAAGAUUAGCCUACAGCCAAGCAAGUGAAUUUUUGUCCGACAAAAGCUGGUUUGUGUAUCUUGUUCCUUUCUUGAAGCCCUUGAUUGGUUUUAUGGGCAUUAUGGUGAUCAUUUCUCCCCAUGCCGUCCGAGAACAUCGGGUUCCGUCUUUAGGUGGCUAUAAUGAUCAUCUUAAUGGGAGUGAUAAUCAUGUCAUUACACUUUUCAUUGGUUGUGUCAGUGGGAUGGUGUUUGGAGUGAUACAUUGUCUAGGUUGGAAUGUUUUGUUUCAGGGGCAUGUAGAGCAGAUACUAUGGCGUGCGGCUUCCCUUGCUAUAAUAUCCACGCCGGCAUCUAUUCUUCUGCUGUUUUGCUAUGUCAUUUGGGGAACGAGGUGGACUUCGCUGGGUAGAAGCGUAGCUAUCGCUCUAGCCGCUAGCUUUUUCAUAUAUAUUGUUGCACGCGUUACACUAGUCGUACUCUUAUUGAUGAGCUUACGAUCGCUGCCUCCUGGCGUAUACGAUGCAGUAGCUUGGACCAAGUUUUUUCCACACUUCUAGUUUCCUUUUACUUACAUUGCG